CUUCUUUUUUCCAAAAUCAAUUCCUCGAAAUGACUAAGGGAACCUCUUCGUUUGGUAAACGCCACACCAAGUCGCACACUUUGUGCCGUCGUUGCGGACGCCGCUCUUUCCACAACCAGAAGAAGACCUGUGCUCAGUGCGGCUACCCUGCUGCCAAGCUCCGCUCCUACAACUGGAGUGUUAAGGGCAAGCGCAGAAAGACUACUGGAACUGGUCGUAUGCGCUACUUGGCCGAUGUCAGCCGCCGCUUCAAGAAUGGUUUCCGCGAGGGUACCCAGGCUAAGAAGCAGGUCAAGGCUGCUGCUGCCACUGCUUAAACAUGAAGAAGAAAGAAACAAAGAAAAUAAAAAGGUGGAAAAAAAAAAAAUAGCACAAC